AUGGAGGUUCAAGCUCAUCACCAUCCUUCUACUAUGUUCUUCCUCAACAGAAACGGACAAGAAGAGCUACAAAGGUCUCAGUUUCCUUCCAUCACAAACGGGGUUAGUACAAGAAAGCGAGUUAGAGAAGUUUCAUCAGUGAUUGAUUUAGAAAACACGGCGGCUCCGAUGAACCCUCCCCCGUAUACUCCGCCGCAAGUUAUCAGCCGUCGACAAACUCCUAAUGUAGUAUCCACCGGUCUUCGUUUGUCUCCGAUGAUAAACGGAGAUAUCACCGGAGAAAUCAAAGGGCAGUCAGAUGAAUUAGAUAGAUUUCUUCAAACCCAGGCCGAGCAGCUGAGGCGCAUGUUAGCGGACACUAGUGAAAGACACUAUCGUGAGCUAAUGAGAAUAACGGAAGAAUCAGUUUCGCAGAGAUUAAGAGAGAAAGAAACGGAAAUAGAGAAAGUCACGCGUCGUCAUGCAGAGCUUGAAGCACGUGCGGCUCAGAUUGAAGCGGAGUCACGUGCAUGGCAGGUGAGAGCAGCGAGUAGAGAAGCGGAAGCGACGUCGUUACAAGCUCGACUGCAGCAAGCUGUUGCUCAUGAUGACAUCAGUGUGGAUGAAAUUGAAGCCGAAGACGCUGAAUCUGCUUACAUUGAUCCUGACCGAUUCGAACUGGUCGGACCGAGUUGUAGGAUUUGUCGGCAGCGAACAGCGACAGUGUUGGCUUUGCCUUGUCGCCAUCUGAUCCUAUGUAAAGGAUGUGAUGGUUCUGUGCGAGUUUGUCCGCUUUGUCUUAGUUUGAAGAAUUCAAGCGUGGAGGUUUUUUUUUCUUGAUGAGUUUUUAUUUAAUGUGUCUAGUAAACUUCACGAUGGUCCUUUUUUAAUUGAAAAAGAAAUCAGUAUAAU